UAUUCGCCAACAAACUCAUUUCCCGUCUCCACUUGUUCCUCCUCUGUGCUCUCGCCUUUCCAUUCCUCCACCGGCCUCAUCCCCCAACUCCGUCGAGCAUUACCGUCAGAGGGCGGCGGCGCGGCGCGGCGCCGCCGGCGACGGGGACCGCGUGAGGCAGGCUCCCCUCAAGGCUCGUCCUCCUCGUCGGGAGGCGUCGCCGUUGCCCCGCCCUCUGGGCUGGCGCGGCGUGGAGGGGACAGCUGGAGAUCCGCCCGUCUCUGCUUGGAUUGCUUCCUUCUCCCGCAGAGGGUAUGAGCAAUGUACUCACCAAAACCAGAGUCUAGUUUUGGCCCAAAUCCCAACUCAGGUACACACCAGCAGCAAAUGGAAUUAACUGGGGCCAACAUGGGUCCUGGUAAUGGAGCAAAUAACAAUACCAACAUGGCUGGGAGGCAACGCUUACGCUGGACAAAUGAACUGCAUGAAAGAUUUGUUGAGGCUGUUACUCAACUUGGGGGUCCUGAUAGGGCAACUCCAAAAGGAGUUCUGAGAAUUAUGGGUGUACAAGGAUUAACAAUAUACCAUGUAAAAAGUCACUUGCAGAAAUACAGACUAGCAAAGUAUAUUCCUGAUGCUUCAACUGAUGGGAACAAGACCGAUAACAAAGACCCAGGAGAUUUGCUUGCCGGACUUGAGGGAUCCUCUGGAUUGCAGAUAUCUGAAGCCCUCAAACUGCAGAUGGAGGUCCAAAAGCGGCUGCACGAACAGUUAGAAGUACAAAGGCAGCUGCAGUUACGAAUUGAGGCUCAGGGAAAGUACCUCCAGAAGAUCAUCGAAGAGCAGCAGCGCUUAACAGGUGUGAAAUCUGAAACUCCUGCUGGAGGUGCUUCUGUCACUGUAUCAAGUGAUCAAUUCCCAGACUCGGAGCGGACUGAGCCCUCCACACCUGCACCAGCAUCCGAGUCUCCAACUCAAGUUGGUGCUUCCAAUAGGGACACUGGAGACCGAACUGAAGCAACCAAGAGCACCUGUCAUGGUGAUUCUCUUUCCCGCAACGAGCCACUAACCCCUGAUUCCAACUGCCAGAACGGUUCUCCUGUCGCUAGUCCAAACCAUGAAAGGGCAGCCAAGAGGCAGCGAGGCAGUGGUACUGAAUUCUUAGAUUCUGAGGCUGAGUUUUCCCUUCCGCGCCACAUCUUCGAGUCGAGUUCAGGCUCAGAGUUCCAACAAUACUCAAUGUCCUACUCAGGACAGUAGCUUCUGAUGUUCACAUCAUCUCUGCACCGUUGCUAGCUUGUUCAGCACGAUGCGCAUGGUCCGUAGGUCUGGGUAGGUUGAUGUCUCAAGGAGCGUGUUGUUGGUAAACAAAGCUGUAGGUGUUCAGUGAUUGUCUACAUGGUAUACGUGACCAGCUAUUUAAGUUCCUAGGUUUGUAACAUGUAUGUCCGCCUGCAGUUCAGUUGAGAUGCUUCAAGGCUAAGGUUCUGUUGUGUGACCUGUAGACACGAGGCUGUCAGCUUGUAUUCUCUUGGUAAUGUGUGUCAGCAGAGCGUUAGCAUUAAGUCUAAUUGAACAGUGCUGUUAUCUGUAACGUCUGAGUUUGAUCAGAAACUGAAGUUAAUUGAGGAAGACAUC